CGCAUGCACUUAUUUUAUUACAUGCUACAUCCGUUAGUGUACUAUUCUCUUCUACGUUUGCUAUUGAAGGAUAACAGACCUUUGAUUAAAUAAAAAAAUGGGUUUCCAAAAUAUCUGGUACUCACAUCCAAGAAAAUAUGGUCAAGGAUCACGAUCCUGCCGAGCGUGUGCUAACAGACACGGUUUGAUAAGAAAAUAUGGCUUAAAUUUAUGCCGUCAAUGUUUUAGAGAAUACGCCGGUGAUAUUGGAUUCAAAAAGUUGGAUUAAACAAUGGAAUUCCAUGUUACCGUUAUUAUUUCAUUUACAAACAUUUAAUUUAUAUAUGAAAUAUUGAAAUGUAAUUAAGAAAAUGUCUCCGUGAAAUACAGAAAAAAACAUUCAAUUUUUUA